AUGACUUCCAUUGACUAUGAGACACUAAGAACGUCCAGCAAUAGCCAGAUCGCGGAGCACUUUUUAGCCUUGAAAGAAUGCGUGUCAGAGGUAGUCAUUACUGAUGAGCUUUUUACAAGGAUACGGCGCGGAUACUUACCGCCAUACAUUUUUAGUAUAUGGUUGAAAGUGUCUGGAUCUGCCUACGUGGCAGAGCUUGCUGUCGAGCAAGAAUUUUCGGUGCUCGUUCGCCGUUCCGGUCUUAGGUAUUUAGGAUGGCUGUUGGAGCAUGCAGACUAUCAAGCAGUACUGGAUAACUUUGGUAGCGUGUCGCAGAUGGUGACGCUUUUUGAAAGCUUGUCCGUGGAAGAUGUUAAGGUUCUUUCGAGAUCCCUUUCCUCAGGCAGCCGGCAUAGCUCGCCACAAUCUAAAAAGUGGGUCAGCGAAAUUUGUCUCUCCUUGCUAGCCACACAGGGACCCGAUGCGCGUCCCUUAGCGGAUUCCUAUUUGCCUAUGCUCUCUGUUUGUUCGGAAGAAGAUGUUUCGAGGCUGCUGAACAAAGACGUGAAACUUGAUUCCUUUUCCUCACGCCUCCUGCUUCUUCAACACACCGCGCUCUUUCAGCAGCAAGUGUCUGACGCGCUUUCAAGAAAUGUCCCGCUUCCUUCUUACACCGAAGACUUACUCCACCGCCUCCCACACGGAGUCAAAAAUGAGUUAGGCCUAACACCAUCGAUGGAGUUUUCGAUGAAUAUUCUCCGCCAAAUCACUAACGAGACAAAGCAUUUUGUCAAAGUGAAGGAAGAGUUUUUCUUUACAACCUUGGUUGAACACCUGGCGAAUCGUGUUUACAAAAGUGAUGGAGGAUCUGACAAAAACGGCCUUAUGCUUAAGAUCCUCGAACAUGUCGCCAGCUUUAUUUCGGUCAGACCAAAAGCAGCUUCUAGAAUUUCGUUUAACCGCAAGGGAAAUGUAGGCUGGCUUGCAGUUCAAACUUGGUCCCGCUCAGGCCAAGACAUUGAACAAACUCUCAAAGCUUUUAUUAAAGCUCAAAAUCUUGCUUCUGAGCAAGGCUUAGAAAGCUAUAGAGAAUCUUUUCAAAGGCUUGCAGUGAAUCGGAGGUUACAAUUCUUAAGGAUUAUACUCGAGUCGCUGGGCACCGACUUGGACUCGGUUGAAAGCUUAAAAAAUUCCAAAAUUAAGCAGUGGCCGAGGUGGCUUUUUCAAGCUCUGAAGAACCAAGAAGCGUCUGGCCUACUUUCGCGUUUAAUGACUGCGAAACCUGGCUACUUUCUUGCUCAAGCUUUUCAUUACCCCUACCAGGACAAAAUAGGCCAUAUAUGCGAUUUUGAUCUACCUGAGAAUAGUUCUUUACAUGAAGAUCUUCUAUUGACGAUAUUGGAGAGGGGCACAAACGAUGCCUUGUUGAACGCAACAAAAGCAGCUGGUGAUCAGAUGAGGAAAGCUGAAAACUCCCGUGAGCACGAAGAUCGAGCAACAUAUGCGAAGGGGGCCCUGUAUUAUGCGAUGGUGAGCGGGUCGUUGCCAUUGCUUCUUCGCACAAUUGACUGGACAAAGCGUUUUAUCAGAGAUCCCUUCGUAAUGCCGUGCUUGGUGUCUGAAGAUGUUGUUGAGCGUACAGAGUUCGUCGAUAUGCUUGUCGGAAUCCCAGCUAUUAGGCCGCUUGGAAACUUGACACGUUCGGAAACCAUAAAAAAUGGAGCACAUAUUGCUAAGAAGGCGGUCGCAGAGGUUCCUCUGGUUCGCAAUAUCCUUUUCAGCCUGUUAUCGCUCGCCUUUUCGGCCUUGAGGGAACCAUUUUUCAAUAGUUACCACUGGCGGAAAGUGCUCGACCUUCCUGUACGAAUUGCGCUCUUGCGUAUCGACAGGCUCCAGAGAUUCAAUGAUAUUGAUCCAUCUGAUGGGAAAAGGCUGUUAGACGCCAUUAAAGAUAUAAUGCUUGAGUUUGAAAAACGAUGCUUAGAAUUGUCUGACGACAAACUCAGCUACGGUAGUGAGACAUGGGUUAACAGUGCUUUGAAGCGUUAUCCGCUUCCAGAGGGCCGUGCUGCGAAUCCAGUGACAAUUUCUUUCUUAGAUGACCUUGCAGAGUCUAGAGACGUAAUCUGGCGUAACCACCGUGUUAGGGAGAAUCCUGAGAUAGCUUCUUUACUGCCGCCUUAUUCUUGUGGGCUGCCGCUCAUCAAGCAUCUUCAGCCCUUUCACAGAAUAAUUCCGUUCACGUUAGACCUCGCUUCAGUUGAGAACACCGAGUGUCCGCCAUACAUUAUGUCCAGAGCUAAAGAGCUGGUAUUUAUGGAUGGCAAUGUUGCGCUCUCUGAUUUUCCCAAGGACGAAGAAAUGGCAAAGGCUAUCCUACCCUUCUUUGAUUCCUAUGCGUUAGCAUUGCGAGUCUACAUAAUGGGGAUUGUGAACACUGCAAGACCGACUGCCAUAUUAGAGGCCUGGAACCAUGCGAAUUCAAGCUUGACCUCGCCAAAAAUUGAUCAGGGCAAAGCCCGUGAAGAGUGGGGCCAUAUAUUUCGUGGAGCCUUAGGAAAAAAGGCACUGGACGUGCUUGGAACUCUGCUAGUCUACGACCCCAUCCUUGCUUUACCUUCCAAGGACGAGGUCCAAGGCCAGUGUGAGUGGGACCCACUAAGUGCAUGUCCUCCAUAUGCGAAGGAAAGAGAAGUUACUCUUACGACCAUUGGGUGGUUCACAAAUACGUACAUCUCUUUCUCUCAAGGACAAAUGCGUUCGCGUUUGAAAAAUUCUCCAUUGCGGGGAGCACCCCCAAAGACUGUAAUUGGCUAUUCAUCGCCCAUAUGGCACAAUUUUAAACACAUUUCAUGGACGCCGCAGAAUGAGGCAAACAUCAUAUCUGCUGUUUUGUAUCUUGAUGCGCAAUUUAAAUCAUCAAGACGCAUUUUGACAGAGCCUUACCCAUCAAAAUCAGAAGCGCGAUAUCACGCAAUGUUCCUAGGCGAAACGUUCAUGUCAAGAAGGGAUCUUUCAAAUCAGUCCGCCGAAAAUGCCCUUGCCGAAUUGUUGAAAAUGGUUCCUCCAGGCUUGCUCAAGGCCUUGACAACUAAUGCUGAGGAAUCGCUAAAUUCAUUAAGCUCGUCGUCUCCUAAAUUUGUCGACAGGGAGCGAGAUUUUUUUGUGCUGCUUAAACUCUUGAUGCGUAGCGACCAGCCCGCAAUGGCCGCAUCUUUGUGUGUCGAGACGAUUAUUGGUCACCCUGACGCGAGUUCCUGGCACCGUCAGCUAUUAUCGGCCGUAAUACUUCACCGUUUACCUGCUAGAGAAGCUUCAAAGCUUUUACAGCACUUUUCAUCUAGCAUUAUAACUGCGCUCGAGGCUCAACAGAAUUCAGAAAGCAAACUAAAUGAUCUAGUCCCCAGUACGUUAGUCAAAAUAACAACAAUAAAGUUCCUCACAGAGCUUUUACGUGGUUCAAAGUUUGUCAGUCUCUCUUUCACAGUAGAUAUUUUAUCAAGGCUGAUAAAAGGCGCUAAACAUAUCGAUAUUCGUGUGGCAAGUCUCAAAUCCUUGCUUCAAGUGCUCUACAGCUGCAGGAGAGAUAAUUGCAGUUCGGUUGCUGAAAAAGUCUUAGAAGCCUUAACAUCCCUGGCACGCGCUGCUGGUGCGUUCAAUGAGGUAAAACAAAUAUCAGAGGAGGAGUGGGAAAAGGCCAAGGUUGAUCAAAAACUUCCUGCGCCAUUCGCCUCAACUAAUCUUCCCCCUAUUAUGUCAGAGCUGGUGUCAGCGGCUAAGAAUCUACCGAAGGAUUGCAUCGUAACACAGGGCUCUUUCAUGAACAAAGUUAUUGUUCCUAUGUUUGAAAACUGCCAUAAAUCGCAUGUUCAAUGGAUGCAGAUUUUUUGCCACAAAUAUGGCAUCACGGAGCUGGAAGGUAGCUUGCCUAUUGUACCAGUCAAUCUUUGUGCUACUAUUGACCUUUACCACAAAAGCCUUUUGCAUUAUAUGCCAGCCAGUUGGUUUUUAGGUGUUCAUGAGCUGUUUAUGUUUUCACUUUGCCCGCCCGCCGCAGUGCAAGCUGUGAACCGUAAGAUAUCCAGCAGCAAAACUCUCAAGAAUGGCCCAGAUGGUUACUGGUUGCGUCAUUACGGCCAGCUACCCAGUUUCAAGCUUGUAAAAAUCCUGGAUGUAUGCGUCCCGCUGGAGAGCUCCAACAGUGUCACACUGGAGAUUAUUCAGGCUCUUGUGCUAAAGGAAGCAAAGGCUAUUAUUCAGGCGUAUGAUGAGGCAAGCGUACCAUGGCAAGGCUUAGUUACUUCUCUAACUUGCACAACUGACGGCAAGAAUCAAAGAGAGCGGUGGUCCAAGCAGAAAAGACCGGUUGUUGAGCAAAUAAUAUCUUAUAUCGAGAGCAUUCGAACACCACAGUGGAAGAUGGAUGUUCACCGCAAUCCGACAGUUCUUCCAUCAACCCUCCGCUUAAACCUCUCGCUCAUCAAGUUUCCAGAAGCAUCAUCGGAAAAUAAAGACGAUGGGCUUGAAAAGUAUAAAAUCCUGGCAAGGGAGCUACGGGACUUUAUCGAAGUUCACAUAAUUGGAGUAGACGAAACUCCAUAUCAUAAGCGAUUUGAAAUUCUGAAACUCCAUGUCCUCAAAAGGGUUAACAGAGGUGAAAGCGCAAAAGUCGCGAGUUUUCUCGGCAAAAUCGCAAAUCCGAUCAACGCAAGGCUUUGCGAUUAUCUUCUUAUCGAGUUGAUUGAUGAGCUACUUCUAUUUACACAAAAAACUCUUCAAACGCCUUCCAAUGUGCCAGAAGGGCUAGGUGAGAUGAUUAUUCAAUGGGCUCAAUGCGGUAACGAAUACGUCCGCGGCUUUGGGCAGGCAUGGAUUAAACGCAAGAAUCUGCCCUGGCUCAAGAGAAUGGCCGAACAACGCACAAUUCCCCCACUACCUUAA